UUCAAACUCAGGAAUCUACGGGUAGCUCACCGCGGCACAUGCACGGAUAGUGCAGUAGAGCCGAGAGUCCCGUAGCGUGUGUUUGUUUUUAAUUUCGCGAUCUACGAUCUAACUUUUUAACCUUAACAGAAUCCAACUCGUGAGAGAGGCUGUAUUCUUCUUCUCUCUCUCUUUCUCCCCCUCUCUCUUUCUUUCUCCUUUCUCUCUUCCUCUCAGUGUCUAAUUUUCCUGCCUUUCCCUUCCUCUAUCUCUCUCCUUUUUCUCCUUCCCUCCUUCUUUCUUUUUCUUCCCCCUUCUCUCUUCCUCUCCUUUCCUUCUCCUCCUCUUCCUUCUCAACCCUCCUCGUCUUUCCUUUCUCCUCCGCUUCUUCUCCCUUGUUCGUAAUUUCGCUCUCUCUCUUUCUCGCGCGUGCUACUUCUUUCCCUGUCCCACCUUCUAUCCUCCCUGUUUCUGUCGCUCUUACAUACUUCUCUCCCUCUCCUCCUCCUCCACCUCCUCCUCCUCCUCCUCCUCCUCCUCCUCCUCCUCCUCCUCCUUUACCUCCUCCUUCUCCUUCUUAUACAUAGUAUACUGACUCCGCUAUUUCUAAAAACGUAACGCAAUCGUGGCGACGUAUGCGAGGAGCGCGCCAGAGAAACCACGAGUGAGAAGGCGCGACGCACGAACAGCGAGUUGUAUUAAUUACGAGAUAAUUGUGCGAAAAAUAAAAAGGCAAAGUGAUAUAAUAGUGAAUAAUUGAAAAAUCAGCGUUAACGUUGUGCAAAACCAAAACGUGAAAGGACUACUGUUGUUUUGAAUCUUAAUUGCAACGUCGUCUGUCUCUUGCUCGUUUACGUUUAACGAUCACUUUUUCUUUCCGUUUCCCUCUCUUUGCAAUACCUUUUUUGUUUUUGUAUCUUUUUCUAUUUUCGCGUGACCGCCAUAGGAGUAAUCAAGUAAUUGCGAUGUGUGAUAAUACUAACACGACGACGCAGAGUAUAGCGGACUACCUGUCACAGUUACUAAAAGAUCGAAAGCAGUUAGCUGCUUUCCCUAAUGUCUUCAUACAUGUAGAGCGCCUACUAGACGAAGAAAUCGCAAAAGUGCGGGCAAGUCUUUUCCAGAUUAGUGGCGUCAAAAAGGAGCCACUAGUUCUACCGGAACCAGAGGGCGAUAUCACAACGCUUACGGAAAAAGUUUAUGUACCUGUUAAAGAACAUCCAGAUUUUAAUUUUGUUGGAAGAAUUCUUGGACCACGUGGUAUGACAGCUAAACAGUUAGAGCAAGAAACAGGAUGUAAAAUUAUGGUUAGGGGAAAAGGUUCUAUGAGGGAUAAGAAGAAGGAAGAGUUAAACCGAGGUAAACCAAACUGGGAACAUCUGACAGAUGAACUGCAUGUUUUAUUGACAGUUGAGGAUACUGAAAAUCGUGCAACUUUGAAACUUGCCAGAGCUGUAGAAGAAGUGAAGAAACUUCUUGUUCCCGUGCAGGCUGAUGGAGAGGACGAGUUAAAGAAGCGGCAGUUAAUGGAACUUGCUAUUAUCAAUGGAACCUAUCGGGAUUCUAACACGAAAGUUGCUGCAGCUACAGCUUGCGACGAAGAGUGGAGACGUGUUGCAGCAGCAGCGGCGGAAACACAACGGCUUCUUCCAGGCUUGGCCACACCUAUGAGGACACCCAGUGCUCCGUUGGGAGCUCCAUUAAUACUCUCGCCACGGAUAUCUGUCCCAACCACCGCGGCAUCUCUUCUAAACGGUUCGGGUCCACCAGGAUCUCUUCUUUCUGCCGGUGAUCCCCAUGGUUUAAUUUACACGCCAUAUGCCGAUUAUGCCAACUACGCAGCCUUAGCAGCCUCGCCUCUCCUCGCGGAUUACACUACUGCUGAUAAUUCUGGUGCAGCAGCCGCUGCAAAGCAACGUAGACACUUGGGUCAGAUUCGCGAGCACCCUUAUCAAAGGGCUGGUGCUUUGUCGUGAAUCCGGAGAGCGCAAUCACAAUACUGUACGCGCCUCCGUGAAAAGGCUUGGAGUGCUAACAAUGGAAUCCACUCGCCCCGUGCUAACACCUGGACUCUGGAACAACAUCCGCGUUCGAUCGGUUCACCAACCAGAUGACCACCUUCGCCGUUCGCAUCACCAGCCCUGUUGUUCGUCAAGUUUAUCCAUCCUGUACCCUCUUCGUGUCUUUAAAAUUGUACAGCCUUGUUUAAAUUGCUUUGCUCGUUCCGCUAGCGUUCGUUUGUGCUGGCGUUUCCAACGUCAGACAGGUAAUUAAGUCUCUGAUUGUGAGUUACUUACCGACGAAAAAGGAUCAAUUUUCAACAAAAAUCAAUCAGGUUCAUAAUUAAAUGCAUCUUUAUUUUUAACGCAAACAAAGCGAUAAUUUUGCAACAUUUUUUUAUCUCGAAGCAAAAUUACAAUUACUUCGGUUCUACUGCAUAAAUUUGAGAAAUUUGUGUGAAUUUCAAUGAAUCACCACUAUAAAAUUAAUGCAAUACCAACAUUAUUUAUUAUCAAUUCUUUUGUUUCUUAAACAUAACUAUUUUGCGAAGUACAUAGUUAUUCGACUAUUGUCUUUACGUAUGUACCAUCAUCAUUUUUCACGUUAAAAUACUAACUUAUUUAUUAUUAAAAUACUAAAUUUCAAAUUUUUUCGUAUAAAAUGUUUCAAGGCGUGAUAUAACUAGAAAAUAAUAGAUUUUCAACAUUACUAAAUUCACAAUUAUUGUUCAUUGAAUAAUCUACAAAAAAUCGCAUAUAUAUGCAUAAUUUGCAACAUGUAUAAUACAUGUAAAUAGUGCGUACAUCUAUAGAAAUUCUCCAUAGCAUAUAUCGUUAUGAAUUAUAUUCGCUAAAUUUGUGACAUGUCGUAAUGUGGAACAAUAGUACCUAUCUUUUAAGUAUCGUUCCGUUUAUCUUCUUACUGUUAUUAUUUCUUCUUCAUAUUACCUACAAUUUAAAUUGAAUAUUUGUAAACCUUACUAUAUUUAGUAACGUCGAUGCUUGAACGUAUUUUUGCUACAUAUGCAUAUGUACGUGUGAUUAAUGAAAGUUGAGUUUCUAAUAAUAUGCACAAUGAAACAUACAUAAAAACACUAUUCAUACAACAAACAGAAUCAUAAACGUUUGUUCUACGAAUUUUUAAUACCUUGUAACUUCUGAUUCCAUUAUAUGUAUAGCACUUCUAGCUGAAUAAUGUUCUCAAAGGCGAUUGACUCGAUAUUACUUUAAUUUAAUUGAUAUGUACGAAAAAUUAAAAUUUCAACAAUACAUAUAUGUACAUAUGCUAUACAUUUGUAUAAUGAAUAAGUAGGAAAUAUUCAAAAUUCUUACAAAUUAUUUUUCAAUUUAAUUUAUCAGUAAUAUAAGAAUCUCAUUUUUCUGUUAUAUCACACCUCUUAGAUGACAUAUAUACUAAAAAUUCAUUUUAAACAAUAUGCAUGUUUCUAUUUAGUACAGUUUAUCACAGAUUAUAAAAUGAAGUUUUCUGCAUAAUAGCUAUAUCAAUUUUUUUAGUACUUACGUCCUUAUUAGAGCAAUAAAAUGAAUAGGGAGAGAAAAGGGGCUAAAAAUUUAAAUAACAUUAUGUAUUUUAUAUAACUUAGAAAAUAAUAUAUCCACAUGUAAUAGGUGCAAUAUAAAAUCAAAAUUUGUUUUCAUUUUGAUACUUUUUAAUUGAAAUUGAAUAGUUUAACCCGCGAAAAGAACAAAUCUCUAAAUAAAAAUUUAAGAAUAUUUUUGUUUUAAUGUUAAGUGAGAGCUAUUUACAGAGAUAAAGUUUUACACCAGUAAUAGCAUGUUAAAUAAUUGUUAUAUUAAUAGACGAUGAACUAUAACAUAACACAAAAAUAUACAAUUUUACGUGUCAAAUUUAAUUAUAAUUAUUAUUUACUAGAUACUUUGUAUCUAACUUUCUGAAUUUACAACUCAUUAAUUUGAUCAAGAAAAGCUAAAAAAAUCAAAAUAUAUUUGAAGAUAUUAAUUAAUUAUUAAGAAUAUAAAAUGUCUCUUUAAAUACGUAUAUUAGUUUGUUGUGUGGCUAGGAAGAAUCUCCACUUUUUAACAAAGAGAUACAUAUGUAAUAUUUUAUUAUUUUAUAAUUUGAAAAUUCUGUUAUGUAAUAUUACGGUGCAAUUUAUUUGUAAAAUAAUAGACUUUGAUCAUUUAUUGAAUAUUUUCAAUUUUACUUAUCUAGAUAAAUUCACAAAGAAACCAUUUAUUUUUCUUUCCUUUUUAUAAAUGUAGAUUAGGAAGGGUUGUUUAUAAAAACGAUAUUUCUACAAAUGGUGAGCAAUUUAAUUAAGACAAAGAACAGCAUAUGGAAGUUGUUUACUACCUUCAUCGCUAUUUGGAAUAUAUCUACAUUUAUAAUGUUAUAUAAUGAAGUUAUCUAUAUAUAAUAGAAGAGAGUGUUUAUAUGUGAGAUUGAUUUAUUUACCAGUCAAUAAUAUCAUUUAGAUAUACAAAUAAUAUUCUGUUAAUCAUUUAGAUUUGCCAUAUGUACAUGUAAUAAGAACUUUCUAUCAUGUUCAUUUAUGUAUAUUUGAUGAUCUGUGUAACAUGCUUGUACUUUAAACAAGCAUUUUGAACAUUUUCAACUAUAUAAGGACAAACAACUAUUACUUUGUGUAAAUAGAUUAUAAUUCAUGAUCUAAUCGUACUAAGAGUGAUCUGAAUUCUACUUAAGUUUAUAGCUUAAAGUAGUAUAUCCACUAUAUUUUAAUACAAUAUGUAAUUCAAAAUAAUGAUGCAAAAAAAACACAGAUAUUUUACAAAAGUACAUACAUAUGUAGGAGCGGGGGAAGUUGAAAAUUGAUGAAACUUUUGCCGUGUAUUUAGUGCAAUGAUGAUAUCAUUAAUAUAUACAUAUAUAUAUAUAUAUAUGUAUAUAUUACACAUAUGUAUAUAUGUAUCUAUCUUUGAGUCACACAUAAAAUAAUAACAUAGAAAUAUAUACAUAUUUUACUUCUUAUUUGGUCUUAUAUAAAUGUCCUGGUUUUGAAAAUCACUAAAAUAUAUUCUUUGAUAUUUGGACCGAUUGGAUUAAAUUUGAUUGUUGGACUUUAAUACUAAGUAAAAUAUAAUAGAGCAUUAAAUAUUAAUUACCCUUUUUAAAUAAAAAAUAAUACAGAUUAUUUUUAGUGAAUGAUAUUAAUUACUGAUUAUGUAUUAAAAAUCUAUAUAUUAUUUGAUUGGAAUGAUAAUUAUAUAAUCAAAUUUUUAUCAUACUUUCCCUUAAUAAUAAAGGUUUUAUAACUGCAUCAUAGGGAGUAAAAGUGUUAUAAAUUUCAAAAAUUAAAAAGAUUUGUUUACAAUAAUCAAUAUAUAAUAUUCGACAACUUCUAGCAAUCUCAAACAAAAGUUCUUUCUUCUAUUUUUUCUUCUAUUGAUACUUUUUCUUCUAUUUUCUUAGAAACAAAAAAUUUUUAAUCUUACGUAUAUAUAAAUAUAUCAUAUAUAGAUUAUGAAAUACUUACAUUCAUAUGUAUCAUUACUAGAUUCAAGACGUUUGAUAUGUAUCUCAAAUUCGGCAAAAUUGUCUCUAUUUUUUAACUUUCCCUUUUAAUAUUAAACAAAUUAUUAUAUGUAUUCAUUGACUGUUUAUAUGUAGAUGAACUUAUAUAUUUUUUAAGUCUUAUACAGUUACAGGUACAUACACAUGUUACAAAAUACGCAUACAAAUUUUUAAAAACAUAAAAAACAAUUUAGAAAUAACAAUAUGAUAUAUCAUAUUAUCACUAUGAUAUAUUGUUCUCAUAUACGAGACAUUGUUUUUGAAAUGAAUGUAUGAUAUAUAAUCAUUAAUAUUUAAUCACAGUCAAAGAAUUAACAUUGUAUUUUUUUAUUAUAUUUGGAAAACUGUAACUUUGAAAUGUUAAUAAUAUUAACAUUAAUAAUCUAUUUACUAUUAAUAAUCAGUCAUGGCAAGAACUAGUUAAUAUUUGUUUAAUUCUAUAGUGUUUUAAAUUUGCUAACAGUAUGUAACAUAUAUGUAUAUAUGUCACAAAACAUUAAAGAUACUUUCAUCAAAAUUAUUUUAAUUGGAUUAGAUUAUUUAAAAAUAUUUGACAUUGAGAUCAAGGAGUAAAUAUCAUUUAUAUUCACAAUACUUAUUCAAAUAACAUGUAUAUGUACCUUUAUAUGCAUAUAUGUAUACAUACAUAGAUUUAUAUAUGUAUGUAUGUAUACAAUUUUGUUAUUAAGAAUAUUUGUAUUUACUAUUUACGUUUAUUACAAUAGUUGCUUAAUUCUUGUCAAAAUUUAUAAAAUGAUUUGUUUUAUAUUUUAUUUUAUUGUUGAUAUUUCUGUCAACAAUGCAAGAUAUGUAGCAAGUAUAGGUCAAAAUAUAAAAUAAUUUUAUUUUCAAAUUA